GCGCAGGGGCGGCACCCCAGUCCGAGCCGCCCCGUCCGUCCCGGCGUCCCGCCCCCCGGGUUCCCCGCGGUUCCUUCCCGCCACCGUCCUCUGCGGCCAGUACCCAGCCUCUGGGCAAAGCCCACCCGAUCCGCUGCGCAGGGGGGCCCCCACCUGGCCAUGGCCGAGCCUGGAGAACAGCUGCCGGAGGAGGUGCUGGUGCUCAUCUUCCGCCACCUGCCCCUGCCUGACCGCGCUGCUGCAGCGAGGGUCUGCAGAGCUUGGGCUGCCGCUGCCACCUGCAGCGCUGUGUGGCACGACACGAGCAUCAGUUGCGAUUGUGAGCUGGAAGGCAUGCUGCCGCCGUAUCUGUCCGCCUGCCUUGACCACGUUCAGAAUCUAUGGCUGGAAUUUGAGCCGUCGAGAAAGUCGAGUCGCCGGGCGGCCACAGACUUACUGGCUGCACUGGCGGGCCGUACCCCCGGGCUGCGAGGCCUGUGCCUGGAAUGCCGUGGAGAAAAGCCGCUCUUCGACGCCGGCCGCGACGUCCUGGACGCGGUACACGCCCUCUGUGGGGCGGCCCGCGCGCUGCGCCACCUCGACCUGCGGCGCCUGCCCUUCUCACUGGACGACGCGCUGGUGCUGCAGGUGGCACAUGGCUGUCCGGAGCUCCGCAGCCUUUUUCUGGAUAACAGAACGCUGGUGGGCAGCGUAGGACCGGGGUCCGUGCUCGAGCUACUAGAGGCCUGUCCCUGCCUGCGCGCCCUUGGCCUGCACCUGGCCAGCCUGUCGCGCACCGCGCUCGAGGCACUGGCGGCGCCAGAGCGCGCGCCUUUCGAGCUCCUCGCCCUGCGGUGCGCGUGUCCGGAAGACGCACGCGCGCGCCCCCUGCCUGAUGAAGCCUGGGCCGCGUUGAGCCGCCGCCACCCGGGACUGGAGGUAGAGCUGGAGCUAGAGCCGGUGCUGCCUGCAGAGAGCGUGACGCGCGUCCUGCAGCCGGCCGUACCGGUGGCUGCGCUGCGCCUCAGCCUCUCUGGGGACACCGUAGGCCCAGUGCGCUUCGCGGCGCGCCACUACGCCGCAACAUUGCGCGCGCUUGAGGUGCGCGCCGCCGCCUCGGCCGAGCUGGACGCCGCACUGGAGGAGCUGGCAGCUCGCUGCGCGGGCCUGCGCGAGGUGCACUGCUUCUGCGUGGUGCGACCUUCCGUGCUGCACGCCUUCCGCGCGCGCUGCCCGCGCCUGCGCAGCUACACGCUCAAGCUAACGCGGGAGCCCCAUCCCUGGCGGCCCACGCUUGUGGCGUGAUGGGACAAACGCUCUUUCCGCUCCCUGCGGACGUGUGUCCUCUGAAAUGCUGCGUGGGUUUGCCCAGGGGCGGGCCAGCUGCCCGCCCUCUCCUCUGUUACUCUUGCCUCUUGUCCCUCUCGAGGACUGGAGCUUAUGGAGUGGCGUUGGUACCGGUCCAGGGCACCCUGAGCCCACUCGUUGCUUUCAACAUCUGCAGACACUCACUGUCCCUGCAGUACACAGAUCACCCUUCUCCAAUCCCAGUCCUCUGCAAACGUGUCGCUAGCUCGGCGGCCCUGGCGUGGGGGGAGGGAGGGCACUGGCUCAAGUUGUGCCUCAGGGGGUGUAUUAGUG